AUGGACACAUACUUAGUGGUUACAGGAACACUUAAUAUGAUAACGAAAGAAUUUGUGGCUCCAGAAAAAGCAAGCACUCACAGCCUCUUCAUGCUGCUCUUUCUCCUGGGAAUCCUGGCCAAUGGCUUCAUUGUGCUGGUGCUGAGCAGAGAAUGGAGGCGGCUUGGGAGGCUGCUCCCUUCUGACAUGAUCCUCAUUAGCUUGGGUGCCACCCGUUUCUGCCUGCAGUGGGUUGGAAUAGUGCACAACUUCUUUUACUACUUCUUUCACCUGGGGGAAAUUCAGCAAGUCCUGCAUGGCAGCUCUUUGUUACUUGGCUCUGUCCUCAUUUGCAUGAAGAUUGCUAACCUCACCCACCCUGCCUUCCUCUGGCUGAACGGGAGGUUCCCACGGUCAGUGCCCUGGCUUCUGCUGGGCCCUCUCCUGAUCUCCACCAUAGUCACCCUGUUCUUCUUUUGAAGAAACUACACUAUGGAUCAAGGUUUCUUUAUUACAGAAGUUUAUGAGAAUAUGACCUUCCUGCAACACUUCAUGAGAAUGAAUGUGUAUUAUUUUCAGCCACUAAAUCUGCGGUAA